UAAGUUGCUUAACGAAAGCAAACAUUUUUUUUCUUUUACAGAGAUGAACAUUUUUAAACUCCACACUCCACAAAUAAUUUAAAAGUAAGGAAUCGAUGUCCCGCCGCGCGGCAAGCGUGGAUUCCGCCAAGAGCAGUGCGGACAAGGACGAAAAGAAUCGACUGGCCCACCUGGACGCGAUCAUCAAUCAGCUGAAGAACCAGACCCUUGGGAAUCGCAGAGCCGGAAAUCUUUCGGAGUCCACCUUGGUGUAUAUAUGCAGUACGUGUCGGGAGUUGUUCCUGAACCAGCCGAUGCUCCUGGAACUGAGUGCUCCGGUGAAGAUCUGCGGCGACCUGCACGGGCAGUUCAAGGACCUCCUCAGGAUUUUCCAGCAGUGCGGUGUUCCUCCGGUCUCCAACUACCUCUUCCUCGGGGACUACGUGGAUCGGGGUCAGUACUCCCUGGAAACAUUGACACUGCUGCUGACCUACAAGCUGCGCUAUCCGGAGACUUUCUUCCUGCUGCGCGGAAAUCACGAGUCGUCGGAUGUGAAUCGGGUGUACGGAUUCUUCGAUGAAUGCAAACGGCGGUACAGUGUGAAAUUGUGGCGCUCCUUUGUGGACUGCUAUGACUGCAUGCCAGUGGCUGCCAUCGUGGCGGACCGCAUUUUCUGCGUUCACGGCGGUCUGAGUCCGGAUCUGAAGCAGCUGGACGACAUUCGGCGGCUGCAUCGGCCCACCGAGGUGCCCGCCGACGGUCUGCUCUGCGACCUGCUCUGGUCGGAUCCGGACGAGACGACCGGAACGUGGGCGGCCAACGAUCGCGGUGUCAGCUUCACCUUCGGCACCGGCGUGGUGGAAGGCUUCCUGCUGCAGUACAAGUUCAACCUGAUUGUGCGUGCCCAUCAGGUGGUCGAGGAUGGCUACGAGUUCUUCGCCGAUCGCCAGUUGGUCACCAUCUUCUCGGCUCCGAACUACUGCAACAUCUUCGACAAUAGCGGAGCGGUUCUGGUGGUCGACCCCAAUCUCGUCUGCCACUUCAUCAUCAUCCGUCCCAAGCCUUCGAUCCGGCCGUUGCCCUUUGAGUCGGACAGUGGAUCGCCAACUCCGUCCGCUGCAGCAGGACCACCGCCUUCGGCCAAGGAGAAGAAAGUGUUUUAAAACGUAUUUGCCCAAUAUAAUUUUAAUUACACUGUGACAUUACUUUAAAGCUUA